AUGGACGUCGUGCUUUGUGACAUCGACAACCUCAAAGAGUGGGAGCUCAUGCACACCUGGUGGUCGCUGCCCAACUCCCUCGAAGACCACAUCAAAGGCAUUGCCAAACCUCCAGCUUCCGGCGACACAGAGGCCGAGCGUGCUUUCAGCAGAGCCGUCACCGAAGCUCGUGCCAUUGCCAUCAGCACCAUUGCUCCCGAGCUCCUCGUCCGCAUCAACGCUCGUCUCAACCCGCACACGGCUGCCGCCCAGGACAUCGUCGCCAUGGCCCGCCGCAUCGUGUUGACCGACGUGAACUACGAGCAGUCCAUGUUCGAGUUCGUGAGCCUUGAUCGUCUCGAGUUCCCGUCCCUCAUGGCCUUCAGGGACCGCAUGGACUUUCUCUGGCAGAUCGUCAAGACCCACCACAGCCGAGUACACGACUUCAUGUACAUCACGGUCGCUCUCAAGGCCAUUAAAUGCUACCAUGGGGACGUCUUCGAGGAACUCUGCGAACAGGGCGAGCUUAGCAUGCGUGACAUUGUGUACUGGCUCGAUUUCCUCGUCCUGACGGAUGACGAAUUCUGCUGA